AUGGGGAGUACGUUCGGCGAAUUGGGGUACGCGUGCGCGAUCAACGUGGGCGUGCUGGCGGGCAUGCUCGUGGCGUACACCAUCCUCUCCAAGCAGCCGCUCAACGCGCGCGUCUACUUCACCAAAUGGUUCUCCAUUGACGACCGGGAGGCAGCGGAGAAGUACGAGAAGGUGAAGAUGAAGGGCAACGUGGUGAAGCGGCGCCAGUGGUUCAACCUGUCGCUGCGCUCCUACCGCCACGCCUUCUCCUGGGUCGCCGUCGCCCUCGCCAUGCCCGAGCGCGAGCUCAUCGCGCAUGCUGGGCUCGACAACGUGGUUUUCCUGCACACGCUCAAGCUGGGGUUCAAGAUCUUUGGGCCGAUACUGAUAGUGGCGGCGGUGGUGCUGCUGCCGGUGAACUACCUGGGCGGGGGCCUGCAGCAGCAGGCACAGAGCGACCCCGACCUCACCUACAGCGACAUUGACAUGCUCUCCAUCGCCAACAUCCCCAACAGCUCCCCCCUGCUGUGGGUGCACGUGGCGAUGGCAUGGCUGUUCAACGCGUGGGCGCUGUACAUGAUGCGUCUGGAGCACCGCACCGUCGCUGACAUGCGCCUCGACUUCCUUGCUGACCAGCAGAGGGCGCCCAACCAGUUCACUGUGUUGGUGCGGCAGGUGCCGAAGCACCCAAUAAAGACGGUGCCGGAGCACGUGGAUCAUUUCUUCUCCGUCAAUCACCGCGGCACCUACCUGCUCACUCAGCCAGUGUACAACGCCAACAGGGUGGCGCGGUUGGAGAAGAAGCGCGCCAAGCUGGAGAACAAACUCACGGAGCUGCACAUCAAGCUCGAACGCUGCCCCAAUAAGCCGCUCACCGUGCGGAUGGGGUGCAUGGGGCUGGUGGGCGAGAGGGUGGACGCCAUACAGCAUUACCAGGAGAAGCUCGAAGAGCUCUGUGACGAGAUCAUAGCGGAGAGGGAGCGAGUGAUCAGCGAUCCAGCCAGCACCAUGCCAGCGGCCUUCGUCUCCUUCUCCUCGCGCUGGGGAGCAGCAGUGGCGGCGCAGACCCUGCAGUCAAAGGACAGCUCGCACUGGAUCACGCAGUGGGCGCCGGAGCAGCGGGACGUCAAGUGGAGCAACCUGCCCAUCCCCUACGAGCAGCUCGCCGUGCGCCGCGUGCUCGUGCUGCUCGCAGCGGCGGCUAUCGUCUUCUUCUACACCAUCCCCGUGGGGUUUGUGCAGUCGCUGGCGAAUCUGGACAAGAUCAGUCGCUACCUGCCGUGGCUGCAGCCCGUGCUCAGCAUCCCCGUGGUGAAUGCACUCAUAACGGACAUUCUCUCCGGCCUCGCAUUGAAGAUCUUCAUGGCACUGCUGCCGUACCUGCUCAUCUUCCUCUCAUCACUGGAGGGCCAUGUGAGCCUGUCGCAGAUCGACCUAGCAGCGACGGGCAAGUACUUCUGGUUCAUCAUCGGCACUGUCUUCGUCACCAACGUCAUGGGGGCCGCUCUCUUGUCUGCCACCCAUGACCUCUCCGAACACACUACUAGCAUACCGCAGAUCCUGGGGUCGCGCAUUCCCACCAAGGCCACCUUCUUCAUGACCUUCACCAUGGUGGACGGCUGGGUCGGCAUGGGCGGCGAGGCGCUGCAAGUCUGGUACCUGCUGCUCUUCCACCUCAAGAGAUCACUGUUGGUGCGCACGCCAGCGGACAGGAUACAUGCCAUGAGACCCCGCCGCCUCCGACUCGUCGACACGCUCUCACAGGUGGAGCUUUACUUCCUGCUGCCCUUCGUCUACUGUGUCACCAACCCGCUCUACCUGCCCUUCGCCCUCGCCUUCUACAUCCUCGCCUUCGUCAUCUACCGCAACCAGAUAAUCAACGUGUACUGCCCGCGGUAUGAGAUGGCGGGGGCGUUCUGGCCGCACUUCCACGCGCGGCUGCUGGCGGCCAUGCUGGUGCAGCAGGUGGCGCUGGCCGGCAUCCUCUCCCUCAAGGACGCGCCCACCCAGGCGUGCUGCCUCAUCCCGCUGCCCUUGGUCACGCUCAUCGUGCACUGGGCGUUCAUCCGCGGCCAGUUCCACAGCACCUUCUCCAAGCUCGCCCUCGAGGAAGCGAACCGCAAGGACACGAUAGACCGCACGGUGCACCCCAAUGAGGACCCGCACUCCUUCCUGGCGCGCGCCUAUUUGCACCCCUCGCUGCAGUCCGCCUUCACCAUGCUGGAUGGCGAUGAGGAGCAGGGCGGCGCACACAGUGACGCCUCCUCUUCCUACUCCGAUGAUGAUCAGGACGGCGAUGACGAAGAGGGCGGCGGGAAGAAGUCAAAGCACGCCGACCGGCACGCGCAAACUCGUCUUGUGCCGGUGAAAAGGCAUCCGUUUUCCAGCAGUGCGCAGGCCUCUCCUGCUGUGCAAAACGGUGCAGAUGGGUUGCAAGCGGUGGCGGGCACAAGCCCUCCUGCCCACCUGCGUCCCAGGAGCGUAGGGGAGCAGCAGCAACCAGUGAGGGGAUGA